UGAUGAUGUCUGUCUCAUGUUAUUUCAGUGCUAUAAAGUGAUUCUUUCUUAAGGCGUUAUCAUUGUCUUGAUUACGUAUUUAUAAAAUUUUAUUUCAUUCAAAUAACGAAGUUCAAAAAACUUCAGAUAAAGAAAAUCGUUCCUACCUUAAAUAAUAACAUUUAUACUUAAUGUAACAAAAAUAAGGGCAACUACCAUUUCAUGUAAAUUUUAGCCGCUGUCAAACUUGUAAAUUAAAUAAGCACUCCACUUGAGAGCAACAAGUUUUCACUGUUUACAGAAUUCAUAUUUCAGAAACUCUUGCCGCGCCUAACCGGAGCGCGACAUUUCAAAUGAGUCAGUCGCUUCCCGAUCUUAAGUCCGAACACAUCCUGGGUAAAAAAGUAAAAGUUAGGACAUAACAAAGUCUGAUUGGUGUUUUAGAUUUGAUAUUUAGUAAUUUGUAUAGUUGAAAGUACGUAGUGAGUUUGUAAGAGCAUGGUGCGCAAAGAGUUGAUAGUACCGAGUAUAAUAAUGUGGGCGGCGGCGGCGCUGGCGCUCUGGGCGGCCGGCGUGGGCGCCGCGCGCUAUGACAGCGCUACGCCGCAUACGCCGCCCUACACGAAGUACAAAUACAUACCUUUGCGAACAUCAUACGACCGCUACGAUCCCGACGACCUAACCUCUUCGCCGCCCGCGGACCCCCCGGGGGGCACCGUGGUCAACAGCGGCGGCAUGGCGCCCUCCGAGUUCAUUCUGACGGCGCUGCGCACUGCCCUGGACGUCGUGCGCAAUAUCAACAAGCAGCGGGCGCUGGCCAAGCCCAAGAAUAAUACGGCUUUGAUGCAACGGCGGAGAAGAGUAAACGCGACCUCAAGUGGAAACGCACGUGGCUUUGACGACUACUAUGACGAGCACCACCACUACGAGACGACAACGACCACUACACCCAAGCCCAUGAAACAGGGCCGCUACACCGACCCCUGGGCUGGUUACUACGACUGGAUCAUCAACGAGGGAUCCUUCAAGUUUUGGAGCGUCUUCCAGCUUUUCACUGCCGCUCUACUAUUGUACGCGUGCUUCUCUGCUAUUUACUAUGCGAAGUUCAACCCUAUUAUUCCGGACUACGACAGGGAGUAUGAUGAUUAUUUCCUGGAGAGAACAGUUGGAAGACAAGCGAGAAGUUUGGAUUCCAUGGAAUCUUGGGAACUACCAUCUGGACUAAGUUGGAUCAAUCCGAGGACCUUCCAGUUCAUUUUAGAUGCUAUUUCAACACAUUAUGAGCAAGAAUAACAAAAUGUAGUCCCACAGCGACACGGACAAGGUGGUCCCUGUCAUCUUUGUAAAUAUUUUCUUUCAUUGAAGAACAAGUUAAACUUUGCAAAUAAAAGUUACAACAAAGUUCUUAACUACAUCUGAAACUCAGCAGCGACGGCUUUGAAGUUACAGGUUUUAUGUAAUGAAACUAAUUAAAGUAGAUUUAUUAUCUAGCUUAGACUAGUUAACACUUGACGGUUACGUUAGCAACCGCUUGAACUCGAUCGUACUCCAUCUCGCUCACUCUAAAUUUAUUGAGCGAAAGAGUAGAAUCGUGUUCACGCUGUCUCUGGCGCAAAAUGUCAAACGUCAACUCGUGGUACGGCUACUUGUUAGAUAUAGUAUAUGUAGGCAUGAUUUGACAGAACUUACAAUAGUCUAUAAAUUAUAGGGGUGCAAGAAUGUAGUUCUAUGUGUAUUGACAAUCUGGGUACCUAUAUCAUCAGUACAUGUAAUUAAGUAAGUAUUCGUAAGUUCUUAUUGAAUCGGGCCUAAAGUAGUUAAAAAACAACCUUAUAUUUUCUAUUUAUAGGUGUGUAUAGAGUGUCCCAUAUACUUACGCAAUUAUAAUAUAUAUUUACUUUAUACCGUUAUAGCCUUUAGACGAGUUAAUUGCAACAUGGGACAUACUUAAUUCGUAUACUUAUAAAUACCUAGGCGUGAUUUGACAGAACUUAAUUAGGUACCUAUAGGUGUGUAUUUUUAUGUACCUACAUAUAUAUGCAAGUUCUUUUUGAAUCGGGCCUAAAAUAAAUUAAAUUUAUGUAUACCUGUUAUAAGUACUACACUUAAAUUCAAUUUGCUCAAUUUUAGUUCCUACAUUUUUGUCAUGUAUUUAUUAGGUAGGUUUCAAAAUAUUGUGCUCUUGAUGGCGCACGGUGGACGAAAGGCGAUAUUUUAUUUCAGUUGAUGUGUGGUGUAGAUUUAUUUAUAUAAGCGAACAUUUCUACUGUCAAUAAAUUAACAUUUAAAAAGUAACUUUCGUGCGAUUUUAUUUUAAAUUUACUUUUAACGGUUAACGAAAGAUAAAAUUAUACCCAGGAACAUUCUCAAGAUAAUCCUGGAACUUAAAUGGUAUUUAAAACAUAAAUCAGUACUUAACUAUUAGAAAAAGAAAUUGCGGUGAGUUUGUUCCUUCGCAGUAAAAUAUGGAUUUCCUGUAGCCGUGACUUUUAUGUGAUGUAACGCCCGCAACGCCCGCAUUGCCCAUUGGAAAUAAAGGCUUAACCGUGGUUUAACAGCUAAACCUUACUUGUAAAGACCACCGUAUACUAACGUGUUUUGAGUAUCGGCGUUUAGUCAGCGCAAAAAAAAAAUACAUUAUUAUACAGUUACGCCAAUACCAUACGCAAUGUAUACCGUUGGCUGCCUGAAAAUAGUUAAAUAGCAUA